GGAGAGAUGGAACACACUGCUGCCUGACAGCCUGAGAGAGGGGAGAGGAGAGAGGAGAGAUGGAGCACACUGCUGCCUGACAGCCUGAGAGAGGAGGAGAGACGGAACACACUGCUGCCUGAUAGCCUGAGAGAGGAGAGAUGGAGCACACUGCUGCCUGACAGCCUGAGAGAUGAGGAGAGACGGAACACACUGCUGCCUGACAGCCUGAGAGAGGGGAGAGGAGAGAGGAGAGAUGGAACACACUGCUGCCUGACAGCCUGAGAGAGGGGAGAGGAGAGAGGAGAGAUGGAACACACUGCUGCCUGACAGCCUGAGAGAGGAGGAGAGACGGAACACACUGCUGCCUGACACACUGCUGCCUGACAGCCUGAGAAAGGAGAGAGGGAACACACUUCAACGUGUCUACUGCCUACUCUUCACAAAAAAGGGCUUGGAAGGGAGACUGAAGUGUUGGUCUCAGCAACGGGGGGAUUAGAUGACGAGUGGAUGACAGAGGAAUGGCUGGAUCUAUCUUUGGGGCAGACUGCAGGAGGACUGGAGGCUGGGCUCCACAGAUACCACAGCCCACUAACCUAACGUAGCAGGCGUAAAAAGACGACCUGAGCAGAGUCCCCACAUCUGGUUUUCAGGGGAAACGAAAGUUAGGUUGAAAAUAUUGGAUCCCUGAAAAUCGGAUGUUAGCAGUUUCUGGCGACCCCACAUAGGCUACAGCCCACAGGCAGCAGCUCCACUGACACACUGUUGAAGGCAGUCAUCACAGAAGAGUCAGCAGUGCCUGGGUCCUCCUCCUCCUCCUCUCAGAGCUCCCUCUCCCUCUGCCUAGUCAGUGCCUCCAGUACCACUAGACUCUCUUGUCUGCCAGCCUCGUGCUCUUUUCUCUACCCAGAACAAUAGAGGGGGAUUGCAGCUCCACAAAGACCACAGCACAGCAGCAACAUUCACAGACAGGCAGGCUGCCGUGCCCUGCUCUCUGGGGUGCUCCAGCACAGCAGCUGGGUCUCUUCAGCCAUCAUUGGCUCAGCCGACUCCUGCCUGCCAUUCACCCAUGAUAUGACUGUGAUCCUCCUGGGGCCUCCUGGACCAACAGCGCAAAGGGAAGGGAACACUGCCGCUACCUCGUUCUCAAACCAAGGUGCAUGAAUUGAGGAGCAAACUGAAGUGAAGAGGAAAUUCAGAAACUCUUGGAGGCUGCAUUGUUGGUUAAGGGCUUGUAAGCAUUUCACUGUAAGGUCUACACCUGUUGUAUUAGGCGCAUGUGACAAAUAACAUUUGAUUUGAUUUGAUCUACAGCACAGAGAGAGAGAGAGACAGAAGACGAGAGAGAGAGAGGAAGAGAGACGUAGAGAACAGGGAGUCUAGCUCCAUCACAGACGGACAGUGUGGUGUGAUACUGGGAUACUGUCAGGGGGCAGAGAGCUGGUUGCCUCUGGUUCCAGCUAACUGGGUUCUCUCGGAACAACAGCUGAUGGGAUGUGCUGUGCUGGACUGCAUUCAACAACGGACAUUCAUCACGCCUGGGGCUGAAGUUCCCCCACUCUACCUGGGAUGGGCUUGCCUUGUCCAAGCCUCAACUAGCAUUCGCUGACAUGACAUACUCACAUACACAUGAGUGUUUGUGUGUGAAAACACACUAACACAAAUCUCUCAGACACAGGAGAAACGUGGUUCCAUUGUGAGUUGUGCUGCUGGAUGAAUACUGGAUGGAUAGAAUAGCGAAAACAUUGAGGAGAGACUGACGCACCACAGCACACUGUCCGAGACACACAAAAGCCCACUGAAGCCUGCACUGAGGAAUUAUCUGCUGUCAGGACCUGAGGCUGCACGGGGCGAUAGGGAGAGACGGAGCCAGGGAGCCAGGCUCGGGCCACCACAGGGUGACGGUCCCGCUGUGCCGGAGAGGAGGGGACUCGCAACUCGGCGAUGGCGUCCUCCACCAUGCAGAUCCUCGCCUUCGCCCUGGCGCUGCUGGGCGUCCUGGGCGCCACCGUGGCCACGCUGCUGCCCAACUGGAAGGUGAGUGCCGACGUGGGCUCCAACAUCAUGACUGCCAUCUCCCAGAUGCAGGGGCUGUGGAUGGACUGCACCUGGUACAGCACCGGCGUGUUCAGCUGCACCUUGAAGUACUCCGUGCUGUCGCUGCCCGCCUACCUGCAGACCGCCAGGACGACAAUGGUUCUAUCGUGCAUGAUGGGUUGCCUGGGCCUCUGUCUCGCUGUCCUAGGGCUGAAGUGCACCCGCUGGGGGGGCAGUCACCGGGCAAAGGGGCACGCAGCCAUUGCCGCGGGGGGUUGCUUCAUCCUGGCUGGCAUCCUCUGUCUGGUGCCCGCUUCCUGGUUCACCAACGAGGUCAUCACCACCUUCCUGGACUCCAACGUGCCCGAGAGCAGUAAAUACGAGCCUGGGGGGGCCGUGUACGUGACCUUUGUCUCUGCCGGCUUCCUGCUUGCCGGUGGGGUCAUCUUUUGUUUGUCGUGUCCCGGAAAAAGAGACUACACCUCGACCUCCACCUCUACCACCUUUCCUGACAAACUACUGCAGCAGCAGAUAAACCAGGAGCAACUACAGCGCGACCUGAUACAGUGUGACCUGAUACAGCGCGAGCAACAGCAACGGGAGCAGAAGGACUUUAAACAGCAGACGUCGCCUAAUGAGCAGUCGAGCCAGGAGCAGCUACAGUGGGUUGACAAAGGGUCCCAGGGUAAGGUCCAAGCAGCUGACGACAUCCAGCAGGAGAAGCCUCUACAUGAAGACAAGGGAACGCAGCAGUUCUACUCUCCAUCCAGAGUCCCUCCAAAAGACACCCGGGCUGGCUACAGCCUGCAGGACUAUGUUUAAUAUGUUUUAUCCCUAAACCCUACUCUUGUUAGUGGGGUGGGUGGAGAAUCCUGAGGACAUUCUACUGGCUGCCUUGUGAAGGGGAGAGAGUGGAGAAAGAGGGGGAGGAAGGAUGGGAGGAGGAGGGAGAGAGUGGAGGGGAGAAAGAGAGGGAGGAGGCUAAUGACGUUGACAGCCUUAUCGCCACCUCUCAUCUGUUCUCUCUCGCUACUGCGAGCACAAGCAGUAAAGGUAUUCCCAAACUAUUGGAGAAAGACAGCUUGUGGAUCCAAAUUCCUGGGGCAAAUGCCUCCUUGACUGCUGCUGUGGUGGGCGGAAAGACACAAUGGUAGGGUAGAGUAGAGGUGCCAUAAAAAUGCACAAACACAGCGCAAGUACUGUCAAACCUGUGACAAGUUCCUUUAAAAACUGAUGCGGAGGCUUUUCCAUACCAAAGGUUUCAUUGAGAAAAAAGUGCUGAUGAUAACUAGCUGCUAAUAAUAAGCCAUCAGAACGUUUGCAUAGUAAGAUAGUGUCGAUAUGUCUGGGAAAAGGAAGGUGUAAAAGCCAUUCUUUGCAACCUUUUAGAACCCAUUUGCCUUGUGAGACAAAAAAUAAUCAUCAUUCAUAUCCAAAGCUAAAUGGACUGAUUGAUAUUGAGUCUUCUUUGCAUGCUAAUUAUCUGUAGCUUGUUAAAUAACUCAGUGGAAUGCAGAGUAGUUACUGAAACAUAGUUACCAAAGCUUGUGCCUAAAAGAAUGUGUAGAACUUCUACUGUCUGUAAAGGAGACUUAGAGAAGAUUAACAAAGUGAAAAGAGAGUUCAGAUUCCCACCAACACCAUACACAAACAUCCAGUCCAUUUUUUCCUGCGAUUUGUGGAGGGGAAUAAGGUGCAUGGCAGCGCAGGCUGUCAGAGAUAAUGAUCCUCUUUGCUUUCCCAUUAUCCCCUCGCUACGGCUGGAUGCACACUACUCGUUUACUGCACCCCCCCCCCCCCCGCGCAUACACACACACACACAGAUACACACACACACCCUUGUCCUUCCUCUCCCUCGCUAGCUGCGAGGGUAAUAGGGUCUUGUACCCAAUCAUCUUUACGGCGUGUGUCCGUGUGUCAUUGCUGCAGGAGGCACAGCGGUAGGAGUCUGUUCUAUGGCCAGAGGUUAGCUGUCACAAGCUGCUGUCCCCUCGUGUUGACGGAGGGUAAUAGAGGCUACGUCCCAAAUGGCACCUUAUUCCCUAUUUAGGGCACUUCUUUUGACCAAGGCCCAUAGGGCACUACAUAGGGCAGGGUUCCACAAAAAGCAGUGAUUUUAUUUGGCUCCCCAAGUUUUCUGAGACAAGAAAUAUAAAUAAUUUUCGUAGUUGGAAAUAAAGAUGGUAAAAUCAUCAGAAAAUCAGAAAAUAAUUCCCUGCAGUCCCACACACACUGGGCACAAUGGAAAAACAAUGUCAGAGUUUUGGUUUAGUUGUCAUCUAAAUGUGUUAUCACUGGCUUUUCAAAUGCAAUAUAGUGUCAUUGAUGAUACUGUGCAUUCGGAAAGUAUUCAGACCCCUUGACUUUUUCCACAUUACAGCCUUAUACUAAAAUGUAUUCAAUUAUUUUUUCCCUCAUCAAUCUACACACAAUACCCCAUAAUGACAACGCAAAAACAGGCUUUUAGACAUUUUUGCUAAUUUAUGUUUACAAAAUGGGAAAAAAAGGAAAUAUCACAUUUACAUCAUUAUUAGAACCUUUACUCAGUACUUUGUUGAAGUACUGAGUAAAGGCAGUGAUUGCCAUUGGCAGUGAUUACAGCCCCGAGUCUUCUUGGGUAUGACGCUACAAGCUUGGCACACCUUUAUUUGGGGAAUUUCUCACAUUCUUCUCUGCAGAUCCUCUCAUGCUCUGUUAGGUUGGAUGGGGAGCAUUGCUGCACAGCUAUUUUCAGGUCUCUCCAGAGAUGUUCAAUCGGGUUCAAGUCUGGGCUCUGGCUGGGCCACUCAAGGACAUUCACAGACUUGUCCCGAAGCCACUCCUGCAUUGUCUUAGCUGUGUGCUUAGGGUUGUUGUCCUGUUGCAAGUUAAACCUCUGCCCCAGUCUGAGGUCCUGAGCGCUCUGGAGCAGGUUUUCAUCAAGGAUCUCUCUGUACUUUGCUCCGUUCAUCUUUGCCUUGAUCCUGACUAGUCUCCCAGUCCAUGUCGCUGAAAAACAUAACCACAGCAUUAUGCUGCCACCACCAUGCUUCACCGUAGGGAUGGUGCCAGGUUUUCUCCAGAUGUGACGCUUAGCAUUCAGCCAAAGAGUUCGAUCUUGGUUUCAUCUGACCAGAGAAUCUUGUUUCUCAUGGUCAGUUCUUAAGGUGCCUUUUGGCAAACUCCAAGUGGGCUGUUGUGUGCCUUUUACUGAGGAGUGGCUUCCAUCUGGCCACUCUACCAUAAAGGCCUGAUUGGUGGAGUGCUGCAGAGAUGGUUGUACUUCUGGAAGGCUCUCCCAUCUCUAGAGCUCUGUCAGAGUGACCAUCGGGUUCUUGGUCACCUCCCUGACCAACGUCCUUCUCCCCCGAUUGCUCAGUUUGGCCGGGCGGCCAGCUCUAGGAAGAGUCUUGGUUGUACCCUUCCCCAGAUCUGUGCCUCGACACGAUCCUGUCUUGGAAAUCUACGGACAAUUCCUUCGACCUCAUGGCUUGGUUUUUGCUCUGACAUUCACUGUCAAAUGUGGGACCUAAGAUAGACAGGUGUGUGCCUUUCCAAAUCAUGUCCGAUCAAUUGAAUUUACCACAGGUGGACUCCAAUCAAGUUGGAGAAAUGUCUCAAGGAUGAUCAAUGGAAAUAGGGUCUGAAUUCAUAUGUAAAUUAGGUAUUUUGGUUUUUUAUUUUUAAUAAAUUAGCAAACAUUUAUAAACCCCUGUUUUGCUUUGUCAUUACGGGGUAUUGUGUGUAGAUUGCUGAGGAAUUGUUUUUAUUUCAUCAAUUUUAGAAUAAGGCUGUAACGUAACAAAAUGUGAAAAAAGUCAAGGGGUCUGAAAACUUUCCGAAGGCACUGUAUAUGACUUAUAAAGUAUGGUUACAUCUCAUUUGCUCCGUUAAACCUACCCUUUGGAACGACUUUGCUAGCAACCGUGAUUAUAUGUCGUUAUUAAGAGUAUAUAAUAAUUUUCCCGAUAGCACAUUGGUAGUAGUCAGUGACAAACAUCAAAGCUAAGCAUGGCUUGGCUUGGUUAAAACCCAGGAUCGGAGACCAAAUUAAUAGCUGUUGAUAGAUCAACUGUCCAGUAGGAGGUGCUGCCGAGACUAUAGUUUAUUUUUUAUAAACAUUGAAGAUCUGAUGUUAUUUCAAAAAGGUACAAAUUCAACAUAUUUUAUACAAGGUUUGUCUAUGUUGAAAGUUGGUUACAAUGAAUACAUAAUCCUGUGGUUGAAAGAUGACAUAUGUAGUUGUUUUAAGAUCGUCAUACCAUGGAUCAUUUGGCUAUUUUAUUAUGACUUUUUGCCCUUCAGGCAACAAUGAUUUACUUAGAGUUGAAAAUAAUGUGCUGAGUAGAACAUAGAACAUUGAUCUCAUGCAUGAGUAGGUCUAGAUGGCAGGGCUGCUCUUGUUUUGGAAAAGAGACAUUGUGGCUACCUUUCUCCAGCGAUUUCAGAUUUGCAAAUGUGUUGUGUGUUUGCCUCACAUGUCAGCACAUACAGUUGAAGUUGGAAGUUUACAUACACUUAGCUUGGAGUCAUUAAAACUUGUUUUUCAACCACUCCACAAAUUUAUUGUUAACAAACUAUAGUUUUAGCAAGUCGGUUAGGACAUCUACUGUGCGCAUGACACAAGUCAUUUUUCCAACAAUUGUUUCCUGACAGAUUAUUUCACUGUAUAACAAUUCCAGUGGGUCAGAAGUUUACAUACACUAAAGUUGAUUGUGCCUUUAAACAGCUUGGAAAAUUCCAGAAAAUUAUGUCAUGGCUUUAGAAGCUUCUGAUAGGAUAAUUGACAUAAUUUGAGUCAAUUGGAGGUGUACUUGUGGAUGUAUUUCAAGGCCUACCUUCAAACUCAGUGCCUCUUUGCUUGAGGGGGACAAAGAUUGUACUUUUUGGAGAAAUGGGUCUUCCAAAUGGACAAUGACCAAGCAUACUUCCAAAGUUGUGGAAAAAUGGCUUAAGGACAACAAAGUCAAGGUAUUGGAGUGGCCAUCACAAAACCCUGACCUCAAUCCCAUAAAAUAUUUGUGGGCAGAACUGAAAAAGCGUGUGUGAGCAAGGAGGCCUAUAAACCUGACUCAGUUACACCAGCUCUGUCAGGAGGAAUGGGCCAAAAUUCACCCAACUUAUUGUGGGAAGCUUGUGGAAGGCUACCCGAAAUGUUUGACCCAAGUUAAACAAUUUAAAGGCUAUGGUACCAAAUACUAAUUGAGUGUAUGUAAACUUUUGACCCACUGGGAAUGUGAUGAAAGAAAUAAAAGCUGAAAUAAAUAAUUCUCUGUACUAUUAUUCUGACAUUUUACAAUCUUAAAAUAAAGUGGUGAUCGUAACUGAUCUAAAACAGGAAAUUUUUACUCAGAUUAAAUGUCAGGAAUGGUGAAAAACUGAGUUUAAAUGUAUUUGGCUAAGGUGUAUGUAAACUUCCGACUUCAACGAUAUUAUGCUCAGUUUUUUCUUACUUGUAUGGAAGAUAACAAAAAUAACUACAAGGGCUCCACUGGGAAAAGGUGAAAUCUGAGUGUUUGAGUGUUUAUUUUCACAAAGUUCACAAAGACUUUCCCAAACAAUGUUCAUAAAUUUGGUUCUGCCUGUGAUCAGAGGAAAGUCUAAGUACAGUUGAUGUCUCAGAGAACCAAGACUUUACUGUGCUCUCCUAUCGAUGUUCAUGUUUUCAACAUGGAAUACUAUUAUCUAGAUUCUAGAAUAAGGUUAAAAAGAAAUGUACUUGAUAAUGCUUAUGCUUCGCAUUUUAAAAGAGGUCAUGUACACUUGUUGAUAAAAUAUGGUUUAUAUAUAUUUUUUGUCUUUGAGAAUGGUUUGUUUUAUUAUGAUUCAGGACAUAACUUUAUUAAUGAGUGAAUUUACUGUGGAUAUCAGGUUCUCAUUAAAACGCAUGUUUCCACGUGAUUGUCAAUCCACAAGUCAGUUCAACUUGAGUAUGUUUUUGAUUGUUAAUUGCUCAAAAUUGCUCAAAAAGGAUUUGUUAAGCUGUCAACAAAUGUUUUUGUUCAGCUGUCAACUUGUUCCAUAAUGGAUGUCAGACCAAGAGUGUUGCUUACUACAAUGAAGAUAAAUGGAACAUGCAUAACUGCAACAAAACAUCAUGAUUGCAAUAUUCUAUACUUUUCGAAAAAAGAUUCCAAAAGACUUGUUUGGCUGUCCCUAUAGGAGUGCCCUUUUUGGUUCUAGGUAAACCCUUUUUGUUUCCAGGUAGAACCAUUUUAGCUUCCAUGUAGAACCCUCUGUGGAAAGAGUUCUACAUGGAUCCCAAAAAGGUUCUACUUGGAGCCAAAAGGUUUCUACUUGGAACCAACUAGGGUUCUUCAAUGGGUUCUCCUAUGGGGACAACCGAAUAUCCCUUUUAGGUUCUAGAUAGCACCGUUUUUCCCCCAAGAGUGUAGUCUGCCUCUCUCUCUCUCUCAAAACAAUGGAUGUGUAAAGGGACUUCGUGUGCACAAUCCUGUCUUCAGUCCACAAGUAGCAACAAAGCAAACGCCUGUUACUGUGCAAAACAACUAAAGUUGUUGCUUUUUCUCUAUAAAAGAAUGUAAAUAUAUCUGUAAGUGAAAAUACUGAAACAUUUAUUUUGAUUUCAUUUUAAAUAAUGCAUUCUUUUGACAUUUGAUAACAUGAUAAAAGGAUGUGAUCUAAAUUAAAACAUCUAUUUCCCUCUU